AUGACGUCAGACGCGCCAUCUCACCGCGCUAUCGUCGCUACCAAAUUGGGCGGUCCGUUGCAGACCAUCACUGUUCCGACGCCGUCUCCCGGUCCAGACGAGGUACUCGUGCGCGUGUCGUGGGCAUCGCCUACACCAUUCGACAACUGGCAGAAAGACUUCGGACUGGCCGUAACCGAAUGGCCCAUCUUCCUAGGCGAAAAUUCCGUAGGCACAGUAACCGCUCUCGGCUCUUCCGUAAAGACCCUCAACAUCGGCGACGUCGUGUUCGGCUUCACGCACGGACCCGCGAAAACCAAGGCGUUCCAGGAGUACAUCGUCGUACCCGCCCGUCGUCUUGGACGCGUUCCGGCUGGCCUUGAUCCUCGUGCAGCUGCUACGGUUCCGGAUAACUUCGUCACUGCUUGGUGGACCUUUAUGCACUACUUGGGGAUUGAGCUGCCGUAUGAGCUGCCGGUGAAGGAGAAGCCUGUUGGGCUUGACGAGCCUAUUCUGAUCUGGGGCGGCGCGACUUCUGUUGGUCAAUACGCCAUCCAAAUCCUCGCCCAAGCCGGCUACACCAACAUCAUAACAGCCGCCUCCCCGCGUCAUACCGCCCUCCUCAAAUCCUACGGAGCCCGCGCCGUAAUCGACUACCGCGCCCCUCUCUCCGACAUACAUGCCCAGCUCCUCUCCGCCGCCAACGGACAGAAGUACAGCAAAGUCUUGGACUGCGUUGCGCAUGAUAAGAAGACGAUCGCGCUGUAUCGUGAUGUCGUAGCGGCGGGAGGAGUCGUUGCGUUGUUGUUGCCUGUACAGGUAUCGGAUGAGAAGGGGGAGGUUGUGGGUGUGCGGAGUGUAGAUAACGAGGUUGGGGACUUUCCGGAGGGCGUGAAGAGUGUGGGGGUGCGGACGCACUUCUAUCACACUAAUGAGGAGCUCUAUGAAAAGCUCCAGCCAGAGGUUAUGCCGCGUUUGCUUGGCUCGGGCGCUAUCGAGCCGAACGCGUUUCGCGUCGUUGAGGGCGAGUCGUUACAGGAGCGCGUGGAGGAGAGCCUUCGGAUUCUGCGGGAGGGACUUGUGUCGGGCGAGAAGCUCGUAUUCAAAGUGAAUGCGUAG